GCAGACCCGCCGGAGCCCAGCGCCGCGCCGGGGCCCACCACCGGCGGCCGUGAGGGUUUCCACCCGAAUCUCCCCGGCGAGCUGGGCACCUCCACUACGGGUCCGCGACGCAGUCCACCCACUGCGGGCCCGAGAGAGGACCCGUGCUCGUCAUUUUUAUUCGAGGCGGGGCUAUCUGGGGACCCCGCCCGGAGCGGAGGCCCCUCGCGGCCCCAGCCUGUUUCCAGGGAAUUCAGGGCCACACGCCGCUCAAAGAACCUCAGCGCCCCAGUCCGCGAAAUCCCGCAGCCGCUACGAAACACCGCCAACUUCAGAGGUCCCACACCCUCCAUCCCUUUUGUAAGGAACUGGGUACCCCGCCCUCAACGAGAUCCCGCGGGAACUGCAUGUGGCGCGAGAGCAGAAACACCUUACUUUUCCCUGCGGCAAACGCCCAGUUCCCUUUCACGUGACGAAGAGUGCCCCGUCCCCCAGAGGCGUGGCCGCGUCGCACGUAAGCACGUACGCACGUAAGCACGUACGCACGCACGUCUCUCGCUUUGGCAUACUUAAGGCCUCAGUUCUCGGCUCCGCUUGGCAGUUCUCUUAAGGUCCGCAGCGGCAGCGGCAGCGGCAGCGGCAGCGAGGUCGGCAGCGGCAGCGAGGUCGGCAGCGGCAGCGAGGUCGGCAGCGGCAGCGAGGUCGGCAGCGGCAGCGAGGUCCGCUGUGCUCUUCCGCGGACUCUGAAUCAUGGCGACCACGGCCACGAUGGCGACCUCGGGCUCGGCGCGAAAGCGGCUGCUCAAAGAGGAAGACAUGACUAAAGUGGAAUUCGAGACCAGCGAGGAGGUGGAUGUGACCCCCACGUUCGACACCAUGGGCCUGCGGGAGGACCUGCUGCGGGGCAUCUACGCUUACGGUUUUGAAAAACCAUCAGCAAUCCAGCAACGAGCAAUCAAGCAGAUCAUCAAAGGGAGAGAUGUCAUCGCACAGUCUCAGUCCGGCACAGGAAAAACAGCCACCUUGAGUAUCUCAGUCCUCCAGUGUUUGGAUAUUCAGCUUCGUGAAACUCAAGCUUUGAUCUUGGCUCCCACAAGAGAGUUGGCUGUGCAGAUCCAGAAGGGGCUGCUUGCUCUCGGUGACUACAUGAAUGUCCAGUGCCAUGCCUGCAUUGGAGGCACCAAUGUUGGCGAGGACAUCAGGAAGCUGGAUUAUGGACAGCAUGUUGUCGCGGGCACUCCAGGGCGUGUUUUUGAUAUGAUUCGUCGCAGAAGGCUAAGGACACGUGCUAUCAAAAUGUUGGUUUUGGAUGAAGCUGAUGAAAUGUUGAAUAAAGGUUUCAAAGAGCAGAUUUACGAUGUAUACAGGUACCUGCCUCCAGCCACACAGGUGGUUCUCAUCAGUGCCACGCUGCCACACGAGAUUCUGGAGAUGACCAACAAGUUCAUGACCGACCCAAUCCGCAUCUUGGUGAAACGUGAUGAAUUGACUCUGGAAGGCAUCAAGCAAUUUUUCGUGGCAGUGGAGAGGGAAGAGUGGAAAUUUGACACUCUGUGUGACCUCUACGACACACUGACCAUCACUCAGGCGGUCAUCUUCUGCAACACCAAAAGAAAGGUGGACUGGCUGACGGAGAAAAUGAGGGAAGCCAACUUCACCGUAUCCUCGAUGCAUGGAGACAUGCCCCAGAAAGAGCGGGAGUCCAUCAUGAAGGAGUUCCGGUCGGGCGCCAGCCGAGUGCUUAUUUCUACAGACGUCUGGGCCAGGGGGUUGGAUGUCCCUCAGGUGUCCCUCAUCAUUAACUACGAUCUCCCCAAUAACAGAGAAUUGUCCAUACACAGAAUUGGGAGAUCAGGUCGAUACGGCCGGAAGGGUGUGGCCAUUAACUUUGUAAAGAAUGACGACAUCCGCAUCCUCAGAGAUAUCGAGCAGUACUAUUCCACUCAGAUUGAUGAGAUGCCGAUGAACGUUGCUGAUCUUAUCUGAAGCAGCAGAUCAGUUGGAUGAGGGAGACUGUUCACCUGCUGUGUACUCCUGUUUGGAAGUAUUUGGAUCCAGAUUCUACUUGAUGGGGUUUAUAUGGACUUUCUUCUCAUAAAUGGCCUCCCGUCUCCCUUCCUUUGAAGAGGAUAUGGGGAUUCUGCUCCCUUUUCUUAUUUACAUGUAAAUAAUACAUUGUUCUAAGUCUUUUUCAUUAAAGAUUUAAAACUUUUCCCAUAAA